UUUCAGUUACCGACAUGCAGACUGUAACAGCUAAGGUGCAAUUGGCUUGGAAUGACAUGAUUGAAACGGAAAAUGAAUCCCUACGUGAACGUGUAUGUGACUUAGAAAAGAAAGUUUUAGAACAAGGUGACGAAAUAGUAUGUCUCCGAUCAACGUUAGCCGAUGUACUUAGGCGGUUGAACCAAUUAGAAGGCAGUCGGACAUUGAGUCUCAAUACAUCGGCUCUGAAGAAUGGAAACACUUCUAGGGCAGGAAACCAUUAUGGUGGAAAUGGUCAUCAUUUGAUUUCACCAACAUUAUCACAAAAAGAAGUAACACUUCGAUAUAGAUCUGCAAAUGAACACCCUGUAUCUGCAUUAAGGGAUCCAGUUAGAAGAGUCCCUAGUCACAAUAACUCACAUUCUUCAUUACCUCAAAGGAGGGCUGUACAUUACCAAUCAACUGGUUCAUUGCAUUCCGACUCGCCUAGUUCAAGUAGUGUAUCACCAGUACCUCCAGCAUCACCAUCCCCUUCACCAACAAGACCUGGUACUGCUCAAAAACCUCAGCGUUCAAGUGGCACAAAUUUGUAUAAUUCAAAGAGAUGGAGUAGUACUGGAGAUUUUAAUCAGGCACAAAAUUUUAGUGUUGCACCCCAAUCUUCCACCUUAGCUUCCAGACUUGGCACAAAGUCGUUGCUUAAUUUGAAUUUGCGAUCACAACCACAACAAAAUCAUAACCAUCAUUAUCAUCAAAAGCACGGUACACGUGAUGCUACGUAUAAUGAAGAAGAGGGCAGCGUACGGAUGUUCCUCCGCGGACGUCCCAUCAACCUGUACGCACCGACUGCUGAGAUCGCGACCUACGACAUCACCAAAGUGGCCACCGCUCCUUCGUCCAAGUUAAAACUCGAUUGGGUUUAUGGGUAUAGAGGAAAAGACUGCCGUUCCAACUUAUACUUGUUGCCUACCGGUGAAAUGGUAUACUUCGUAGCCUCCGUUGCUGUACUGUACAACGUCGAAGAACAAAGCCAGAGACAUUAUUUGGGACACACUGACGAUAUCAAAUGCUUGGCCAUUCACCCCAACAAGCUGUUAGUGGCUACUGGUCAGACUGCCGGACACGAUAAUCAUGAAGGAAAACCUCAUAUUCGAGUGUGGAAUUCAGUCAGUUUAGCGACGGUGGUCGUGUUGGGAUUGGGAGAAUUUGAACGGUCUAUCAGCUGUCUGUCGUUUUCCAAAGCGGAUGGUGGAAGCCUUUUGUGCGCCAUCGACGAGGGAAACGAUCACAACAUAUCCGUGUGGGACUGGCAGAAGAACGAAAAGGGUCACAAGAUCACGGAGACCAAGUGUUCUAUGGACACUGUUGUGGCUGCGGAAUUCCACCCACUGGAACGCAACCAAAUCGUCACUUGCGGCAAGGGCCACAUCAGUUUCUGGACACUGGACGCCGGCGGUACCCUGUACAAGCGCAACGGUAUAUUCGAGACUACCCGCGAUCGUCCCAAGUACGUGACGUGCUUGGCGUUCACGCAGAACGGAGACGUCUUGUCCGGAGACUCAAACGGAUCCGUUGUCAUAUGGGGACGUGGCACAAAUAAUAUCAUAAAAGUCGCACGAAAUGUACACGAAGGAUCAGUGUUUUCCAUCUGUGUGUUGAAAGAGGGCAGCAUUAUUACUGGAGGUGGUAAAGACGGUAAACUGAUCCAGUUUGACACUUCGAUGCAUCCCACUGGAUAUGAAGCACAAAUAGCUGAACAUUUAGGUGGUAUUCGUACAGUAUCUGAAGGUCGUGGAUCACAGUUACUAGUUGGAUCUACCCGCAAUUGCAUUUUAAUCGGAUCUCUGUCAAUGGGCUUCAGCCCUGCUGUCCUGGGCCACACAGACGAACUAUGGGCAUUAUGUCCUCAUCCUACUUUAGCUCAAUUUCUUACAGCUGGAUUUGAUCGUAUUGUCCAACUCUGGGACUCGUUGUCUCGCUCUGUUGUAUGGAGCAAAGACAUUGCAGAACAAGCACAAUCAGCUGCAUUCUCUAGCGAUGGUCGAAUAAUCAUUGUUGGUUGCGUAUCUGGAAAAUGGAUUGUUAUGAAUUCAGAAACACGAGAAAUCUAUUCGACUCACAUCGAUGGAAAUGAACCAAUACAGGUUGCAAAAUUCUCGCCAGACGGCCAACUGCUUGCUCUUGGUUCCAGGGACAAUUACAUCUAUAUAUAUCAGGUCACAGAUGGCGCCAGAAAUUACACUCGUUUAGGCCGUUGCACCGGCCAUUCAAGCUUUAUCACUCAUUUGGAUUGGUCUAAAGAUAACGAACACCUGCGCAGUAACUCUGGAGACUACGAGUUGUUAUAUUGGAAAGUGAAAGUUUGUCGUCAAGUCACUCACAGCACUCAACUUAGGGACACAGUGUGGGCAUCCAACUCUUGUGUCUUGACAUUUUCCUCCAUUGGAAUAUGGCCUGAAGGAGCUGAUGGUACUGAUGUUAACGCAUGCGAACGAUCAAAUGGAUCUAAGCUGAUGGCUACAGGAGACGACUUUGGUAAAGUGAAACUGUAUUCAUACCCAGUCAAACAACCUAAGUCGCUGUGCCACGUGUAUGGAGGUCACAGCAGCCAUGUGACAAAUGUGACUUUCUUGCACGACGACUCCAGACUGAUAUCGAUUGGUGGCAAAGACACCAGUGUCCUACAAUGGGAAAUCAUAUAAAAGAAGAGCGUUAAUUGAAUCUUAUUAUUAUUAUUAUUACUAUUAUUAUCAUCAUUAUUAUCGUUCAAAUGAUUCUUCACCAUUAAAAGUAAAAAUUAAUUUUUGAAUUCAUAAUUAUAUUUAUUAUUGUUUAGUACAUAUUUUUUAAUAAUACUCACUUUAGCACAAAUACUCUAUGUGUAUUACAAUGUGUUUGUGUUAUUAAAAUGUUCUAUAUUAUUCGUUAUUACACAUUCAAUGUUAUGUCGACAAUUAUUUGUAGAAUAAUUCAUUAUUAUUAUUAUUAUUAUUAUUAUUAUCGUCAUCACUCGUUUUUUCGGUCGAAUUGUAUUAAUUAUAACAACAUUAUUAUUAUUACUAUGUACUUUUGUUUUAAAUAAAUAAACGUAAUAUUUAUGUGUCUAUAGUUAAA